UGCUGGUCUCCUUUAUGCUACUACUACCACCAAAAGAACCUGGCUUUUUCUUUUUCUUUCUUUUUUUUUUACUUGGGUCUGAGUACAGGGAAUUUGUGGUUAAAUGUUGAAUGGGAUUGUAUCAUGGAAAUAAAAAGUGUCCUGAUUUAAAGAAAAAGCUGAAAACAAAUUGAAACCAAACUUUUUGUUUUUUGGGUCUUCUCCCUAGCUUCAAAGCUUGUCAGUCAUCAUAAACAGGAUUCAUCAUCAGGGUGUUUGUGAAUUUGAAUGCAAUGGGAAUGAGAGAAAUAGAAGCAGCUGCUCUGUGGUUUUUGGCCUUUCUUUGGUUUUGGAGUUGUGCAAAUGGAAUUCUUUCUCCCAAAGGAGUGAACUUUGAAGUGCAAGCUUUGAUGGGAAUAAAGCAUUCUCUGGAGGAUCCUCAUGGUGUGCUUGAGAAUUGGGAUGGUGACUCUGUUGAUCCAUGUAGUUGGACUAUGGUCACUUGCUCUCCUGAAAGCUUAGUCAUUGGCUUAGGCACUCCUAGCCAAAAUUUGUCUGGCACUCUUUCUCCAAGCAUAGGAAACUUAACAAAUCUCCAGAUUGUGCUUCUCCAGAACAAUAACAUUAGAGGACCAGUUCCUCCAGAGCUUGGGAAGCUCCAAAAACUUCAUACUCUUGAUCUGUCCAAUAACAUGUUCACUGGAGAAAUUCCUUCCUCUCUUGGUCACCUCAGAAAUCUUCAGUACUUGAGGCUCAACAAUAACAGUCUCUCUGGAGAAAUUCCAACGUCAUUGGCUAAUAUGACCCAGCUUGCCUUCUUAGACAUGUCCUACAAUAAUCUCAGCAGCUCUGUACCUAGAUUUCCUGCUAAAACAUUCAACAUUGUUGGAAAUCCCUUGAUCUGUCCAACGGGAUCUGAACCAGUCUGCAAUGGGAUGGCACUCAUGCCAAUGUCAAUGAACCUGAAUAGUACUGAAACUCUGCCUUCUGGCAAGCCUAGAAGCCACAAAGUAGCCCUUGCCUUUGGUUUGAGCCUGGGAUGCCUAUGUCUAAUCAUGCUUGUAUUCGGAGCUGUUUUGUGGUGGAGGCAUAGGCGCAACAAGCAAACAUUCUUUGAUGUUAAAGACCGGCAUCACGAAGAAAUUUCUCUCGGAAACUUGAAGAGGUUCCAGUUCAGGGAACUUCAGAUUGCAACAAACAACUUCAGCAGCAAGAACAUACUAGGAAAGGGUGGUUUUGGAAACGUGUACAAAGGGACUCUGCAAGAUGGCACUCUUGUGGCAGUCAAGAGGCUUAAAGACGGCAGUGCACUCGGAGGAGAGAUCCAAUUCCAGACCGAGGUCGAGAUGAUCAGCUUAGCGGUUCACAGGAACCUUCUCAGACUCUAUGGAUUUUGCAUUACACCCACAGAAAGGCUUCUAAUUUAUCCAUAUAUGUCCAAUGGCAGUGUUGCCUCUCGUCUAAAAGGAAAACCGGUAUUGGAUUGGAGCACCAGGAAGAGAAUUGCGCUAGGGGCUGCGAGAGGGCUAUUGUACCUUCAUGAGCAGUGUGACCCGAAGAUAAUACAUAGAGAUGUGAAGGCUGCAAAUAUACUGCUGGAUGACUAUUGUGAGGCUGUGGUGGGGGAUUUUGGUCUGGCAAAGCUUUUGGAUCACCAAGAUUCACACGUGACCACAGCCGUGAGAGGCACAGUCGGGCACAUUGCUCCCGAGUAUCUCUCCACCGGACAAUCUUCUGAGAAAACGGAUGUUUUCGGGUUCGGCAUCCUUCUACUCGAACUCAUCACAGGCCAGAGGGCACUAGAGUUUGGCAAGGCUGCUAACCAGAAAGGAGCCAUUCUUGAUUGGGUAAGAAAGAUUCAUCAAGAAAAGAAGCUUGAGAUGCUAGUAGACAAGGAUCUUAAGAGUGACUAUGAUAGAGUUGAGCUUGAGGAAAUGGUUCAAGUGGCUCUUUUGUGCACUCAAUACCUUCCGGGUAGAAGACCAAAGAUGUCUGAAGUGGUGAGAAUGCUUGAAGGCGAUGGGCUUGUGGAACGAUGGGAAGCCUCGCAAAGAGUCGAGUCAACCAAGGGCAAGCCUCAGGAGUUCUCGUCCUCAGACAGAUACUCUGAUCUCACAGAUGAUUCUUCACUACUAGUCCAAGCAAUGGAGCUUUCUGGUCCAAGAUGAUUUCUCUUCUAAAAUGAAAAUUUUACCUCCUUUAUAAUCAAACCGGGCAAUAUCUUAGGAACAUAUUAUAGUUGAAGCUAUUAAGUUAAAAAUGAAAAUUGAGAGUUGUUUUUUUUCUUUCCUUUUGCUGUAUAUCAGAGAUCCAAAGGUUUUGAUGUUUGUACUGCAA